AUGAGGCCCUCUAAGAAGUCAGACCAUGAGAGCUUUUACAAGGCCAUCAACGAUAACAACGUUAAAAAAGUUAAAUCGCUUCUGGCCUCGAAUGCGGAAUUGCAAAAUGCCACAGGCGACCUCACGAUAACCCUUGAGGACUCCGAGACCGCCGAAUAUUCUGCCUCUCCACUGGCUGUGGCGGUAGCAUGCAACCGGAUUCCAGUUGUCCGAUUCUUUCUUAGUCAUGCGCAGGCUGUUGGCAUUGACUGGCCAACUCAGAACGAAGGCUGGUCGGCGCUGCAUUUUACUGCUCGCUACAAUUACCAAGCCAGCUUGGAUCUGCUCCUAGCCAGCAACCUAAACGUCGACCUACCUGACAAAAAAGGACUGAGCCCGUUGCAUCUAGCCUCUAGAUAUGGUCGCCUUGAAGUGGCCAAGCGUCUUAUAGAUGCAGGCGCGGACGUUAGCAGUCGCGAUGCUGAAGGAAAUACUCCGUUCCACAUGGCUUCCAUGUACGGUCAAGUGGACAUUCUGAAGUUAUUAUGGGAGAAAGGGCCCUCAACUCAGAUAUCUGAUGAGAACGGUUACUCCCUUCCAGCGUUACACCUGGCAGUCGUAAAUGACAGGCGCGAUGCAGUACCGUUGCUAUUAGAGCUUGGUGCAGACAUGUCGCAAGGAGUUGGCAAAGAUAAAGACACAGCUCUACACCACGCCUGUUCACAUCGUUUGUCAGAAAUGGUCACGCUGCUAAUUGGCAAGGGAGCGAAUAUUCAUGCAAAGGAUGCUCACCUCAAUACACCCUUGAUGCAGUCGUGUUGGGACCCGGACCCGGACAUUUUCAACUUGCUCCGAAACGAAGGUGCAUUAACAACAGACUUGAAUAUACAUAGGCGUACCGGUUUUCAUGCGGUGGUUUUGUCUCAGAGACCAUUUGGCGAAGAACACCGGGAUGUUGUUGCGCUUUUAGUAGGCUUAGGCGCUGACAUCAAUCAACGCGACAUCUUUGGUUUCUCGCCCCUUUUCCUUGCCUGUAAGGAGCAAUGCUCUAAGAUGAUCAAUCUUCUACUCGACUUUGGCGCCGAUAUAGAUCAGAAGACAAGUGCUGGAGAUGGCCUCACCGCUCUCAUGGAAGCAUGCUGCAACCCAGCUAACGAACCCGUGGAGAUACUACUUCGCAGAGGGGCCAAGUUGGACCCUGUCAACCCUCAUGGUCUAACUGCCCUGAAUCUGGCUUGCGUGAAAGGCCAACUCAAGCACCUCGACAAACUAAUCAGCAAUGGUGCGGAUGUUGCAACCCCUGAUCGACAUGGCCACACAGCACUAUGUGCCGCAGCUAACAAAGAGCACACAAAUAUCAUGCUACGUCUCUUGGAAUCCCCGCGAUUCUAUCCAGAAUAUCCAGCAGAUCCAACAUAUUCCACAGACCAGAAGAUCUUCAUGGCGAAGGAGCAGCACGAUAAAGAAGUUGAGGGGCACUUGAUGCGCGUUGUUGAAAGCAAUUUGCACAAGACGCUGUCGAAGCUUUAUGUCAUUAUGUAUUGGGCUGUUGCUCACGGUCGGAUCAAACUGGUUCAAGAGUGUAUUUCUCGCAACACAGAGGUGCUAAGUUGGGAAAGAGAGGGCUCUACUUGGCUCCACGUUGCUGCUCUGCAUGCACAGUCUCGACUGAUAACUGAGGUAUUCUCCGAUUUUCAAGCAUCCAAGGAGGCCGCGGGUAAAGUGACACCUCUCCACCUGGCGGUAGGCAGUGCUAGUUUUGAGACCGUUUCAUGUUUAUUGAAGCAGAUCGGGUCUCAAUCUCCACAGCACACAGCCAAGGAGAUUGCCACUACGAUUUUCUUUCGCGAUGGUCAUGGUGCUUCGCCGCUUAGCAUCUCCAUCCAUAGAAACCACACCAGGAUUACUGAGCUGUUUUGGACCAUGAUACAGGAAUUUGGAAGGGGCGAGACACUCUAUUUGCGCGAAUAUCCGAGUGAUGCCCUUCAAAUUCUGGAGACCCUUGCUCAGUACGAAAAGCCUGGCAAAGAGAACGUCUUGAAGCACCUCCUGCGGCAAUGGUGCACCAACCAAUCCUUGACAGAGGUGGAGAAGGGGGAAAAGCUGCGUAACUCACUCGAUUGGGCUAUCUACUGUUCCCAGCCAGUUGUGGUCUGGUGGUUGUUAUCUAAGGGAGGUUACUCAUCCAGUCGCACUAUUGACCAUGCCCAGAAGCUUGUAGAACUUUCAGGCUCGGGAACCCAGGGAAUCCUGAAAAUGCUACUACACAAUCCACUACCGGCCUUGAGCAAUAUUUCCAACCCAAAUUCUGAUCCGAUACCUGAAUUACCAAAGCCUAGGAAUGCGGAUAGCCCUAGCCUGGCACUAGAAGGCAUUAUUAUCGAAAUCUUCUUCGAUGGUGAAGUCCGAAGUGCACGGUAUUCAAAUGCAACCAGCAAGAAUAUGAUUUAUGAUUCCGGGCCAAACGAGAUCACGAAGAACUCCGCCAACUUGGACGACUGGGAUUUGAAUUGCUUAAAGCGAAAAAUUGGCUCACUGGUACAAGAGUCUGGAACUAUGGGAGACUUACUCAAGGCUUGGUACUCUGAUAUCCCCCAGAGCACCAGUACCAACAAUGGAAGACCUUUGACUCGCCUUGGCGAGAGUCUUGAACUUCGCUGGAUCCACCUUCCCGUAACCGAGUUCAUGCGAGAUCUACUUACGAGGUUGUCCUGCGACUCAGAACGCUCUGCGAUGGACCAUCAAUCUUUGAUGCGUCACUUUGAACGAAGUUGGACCCAUCUAGCGGCUGGCGGAGGACAACAUUACAUGAAGCCGCAGUGUGUGAGGAAUGGCAGGACUUACUCUAAGAAGGACUCCAGUGCCAUGUCCCAGGACCCCAGCGUUUGCACUGCCGUCUAUAUGCCAUACGUGAAGACAGGCUACUAUCAACCUCCCACAAACCAAGAGAAAGACUGCUGCAACUAUGAUGGAAAGCCAGAGGGGUCAGGGCAGUGUCAAAAGCCAGCCAGCUCUCGUGAACCGAUAGCAACGGCGCACGAGCCAAUGACACUAGAUCAGUACUACUACCCAACAUUGAUCGACACGGAUUGGAGAGACAAAGAUCAGGUCUUGUCAAAGUACCUGACCUGGAAGUCUAAGGAGCUGCGUGACAAACUUUCCAAAGGAGAGAGUGAAAGAACGGCCACUGAACCUGCAGACCAAACUGUAGAACAGAAUCCGAGAAGGAUUCUGAUGGUUGAUCAAGUAUGGAUGUGGAUAAUUGAUGAGAAGACAGUCAUCACGGCUUCGACAGAAACAACGCCACUGGACGAGAGACAAAAAGAUAGCCUUCUCCGAACCGUCCUAGAUCACAUGAUAUACGGCGAAAGUCACGACAAUUCUGAUCGUCCUAGAUCAGUCCAUUCAAUCAUGGAGUUGAUACUUGGCGCUGCGACGGGCUUCUUCGAUAGGAAGUUCAUACCCUUGCCAGGUAACCCAAACUCGGUGUUUAAGACACCCUUGGAGGUGUUUAGAGAGUACUUACGACACGCUGCGGAUCGAGAAAUAUUUCUCUAUCAAACCUUCCUCCAGGAGCUAAACAAAACAGACCGGCAAAGGAAACAGGAUGAAACUGACGUUAACAGCGUCAUUAAAAAGCUCCCGUUUCACCCCUUCAGUUCUCCAUCAAAUCCGCACAGCAUCUCUCCCGAAGCUGCCCUUCUCAACAUCACCCGUGACAUCCACGAUGAGCUACAUAUGCUCAAGUCCCUUGCGGAGGAUCAAGAGCUAGUUUGGAAACGGGCUUUUGAAAACCGCCAACACUUCCAGUAUCACCAGCCUUGCAGGCCAACAAACGUCAAGAAAGACAUUGAAGAUAUGCUGGAAGAGGUAGAGAAUAUCAAUGACUCGAUCAACACACUGCUUGACUUACGACAAAAGCAGGCGAGUAUCACGCAGGCCAAUGAUACAGCGAAACAGUCUAAUACUAUAUUUGUGUUUACGAUAAUCACAAUCGUGUUUCUCCCUCUCUCAUUUUUAUCAUCAUUGUUUGCCUUGGACGUGGCCAGCUUUCCGCACGAGUCUGGUGCUCUCAAGUAUCAAGGGUGGUGGCUUUUCCCGAUCCUCUUCGGCGCAUCGGCUGUUGUCUCCCUCCCCACCAUCUUAAUCGCUUGGAAGGUUAAUGACAUCUCGGAAUGGUUCCGACUGCCACGAAAAAGAGUGUCGGAAAAGAUCGAUGACAAGAGUGAAGAACAGGAAAUGGAUGAUCGAAGGACACGGGGUCUUAGAGACCUCGCUAGGCGGACUUUGAAUCGGCGACGGAGAGCCCCUGGAAACCAGGAGCCUGGUUCACGGGUAUGA